AAAUACUGCAAUUUUAACUACGAAUAUUAUCAGUAUCUCUACAGUUCCUUAAAACAUCUUAAGAAAUUAAAAAUAAAACGAAAUGCUUAAAGUCAUUUGCAUUUUUGCCCUCGUCCUUGUGAUGACUUGUGAGGCUCAAAGAUGUCGCCCGGUUUGUAAACCUAAAGUUCCUAGUCCAGCCAUUUGUGCUGCUGAUAAUCAUCAGAAAGAGUGCUUCCGUAUGAGCCAAUGUCAGUUGGAUGAAGAGAAUUGUCGUCGUCGGGCUGCCAAACGACCAACCAUUUCCAAUGUCGAUCCGAUACGUUGCCGUAACAUAAAGUCACCAAAUGGCAAGGGUAAAUGUGCCAGCCCAUCGCGCAAACCACGCUCCACCAAACCGGAUUGUAACCGGCUAAAGUGUCGUAAUCCUAGCAAGGUCUUGAGAUGUUAUCGCUGCAAAAAGAAUAUGUGUCAAUUGUUGACUGCCUGUCAGCUGGAACGUGUUAACUGUCUACGUGGCCGUUCAAAUCGUUUAACUUGGACUGAUACCCGUCGUUGUGCCGGCAUGAAGGCUGGACAAAAAUUGCAAAGAUGUAAGGCUAUUCGUAAAAAGAGUGGAUAAGCUCUUGUGACACAGGAGUCGUUUUAGAGGACUACUUAAUGAAUUUUUU